UGAUUUACCUUGUAAUUAUAUUUAAUAAAAUUCCUAUCCAAUCCUCGAUGAUGUACGGUUUUGUGGUGGCUAUUGGCGUGGUUGUGCUGCAACUGGCAUCUUGUUGCCCAGUUCAAGAAGGACUCAGCGUCGACAGAAUGAAUCAGCUUUUGAACGAUGCGAAGCAGCGCAACGGCAACGGCACCAUGCAUCUGCUGGGGCACGGUCGCGGCCCGGGGACCCUCGGAUUUCCCAUAGCGGAAUGGCCGCCCAACACGGAAGUCAUCCGAGCGCCGGAGGGCGGCACCCUGCUCAUUCCCUGCAACAACAGCCACAACGCCAACAAAACACAGGUUUCGCACAUCGCGAUUCCGCCGGCAUUCACGUACAACGGACGGCAGAUACCUGUCCCCACGGUGAAGAACUACAGGAAAUCAUUUAGUGAACUGAACUACUGCUGCAACUGCACGCUGAAGUUUAAUCCCGGCGAAUAUUCUCUGAACCGCUCCUGGUACGUGCCCGAGUACGAUCCGCUCAGCGGUGCGUUCUCCAUCGUGUUAUUCAACUUCACGUACGCCCACACCGGCCUGUACGAGUGCCUGCACUCCAACGGCAGCCAGUUGGUGGUGACGCAGCGCUACUGGAUCAGCGCCACCCUCUUCCGCCACGAGGUCUUCAGUCCGCCGAUGCAGAAUCUCACCGUCCGUCACGGCUAUAAAGCGGAGAUGAUCUGCCCGGUGCGCUUCACCUUCCUGCCGGGAUACCUCGCCACACGCUUCCUGUGGCGCAAGGGAGAGGACCUGCUGAUGGCGGAGUCCUCCAGGAGAUGAAGGAUAUAGCCAGCUCGCCGGCUGGUUUCAAGGCGACCUUCCUGUUCGGGAAGGGGGAACCCUGUCUGUGCAACGCGACGAUGUUGGUCCACAGCGUGAAAUGGACCGACGCCGGUUGGUACGAAUGCUGGUUCCGCAUCGACGAUCGUCUGGAUGAGUGGAUUAUGCAGGAAGCCUACCUGAACGUCAUUUAAGCAGAGCCACUAAUUAGUUAACGGUUCGGCCGCUGUGUGUACAUAAACCUCGGAAUUUAUGAGUGGCAGUUAUGUUUUACUCGGGAAUGGCCAAGAAUUUUUGUUGAAGCUGUUAUUGUUUUAUUCGGGAAAGGUCAGCGAUUUUUGUUGAAGCUGUUAUUUUGUUACUCGGGAAUCGCCAAAAAUGCGGAAAGUGAUAGCAAUCAAAUGUUGAUAAUGAG